AUGGACGAUGUUCCUGCCUCGCCCACUGCCUCCGAAUCUUCUAAAUCGACUGGGAUAUUUUCAAAGUCGCGAAGCGUGAGAAGGCAUAGAAAUUCAGCAUCACAUUCAGUGAGGAGCAGUGCAAGUGAAAUCUCGCACGGAAUCCGCGCCUCAGUAGAAGGGGCGAUAGAGAAGUUUAAAGGGAAUUCGGAUUCCGACACGGAAAGCCAUGCAUCGAGUAACCUCAAAAAGUUUGUGCCGAAAGGAUUCGAAUCGAAAAAGAAGCGCCUGCAACGAGAGGAGGCCGAACGUUCUUUGGCGGAAGAGGUAGCGAGAGGAAGAGAUGUUGCUGAGAGAGGAACUUUGGAAGAUGGGCCCAAGAAUCCCAUCAACCGAAAUCUCUCGGGUGGAAGUAGUUUGAUAACAUAUGAUUCGGAUCCUGAGUCGGCCGGCGAAACACGUCCACCAUUGACGACGCAUCCUUCGCAUGCUGGAUAUCUUACUUCCUCCUCCCCACUCAUACAUACAUCGACACUGCCACAAAUCAGACCUUUGCCCACUCAAGCAGAAGGGGAACCCUUCCCGACCAACUACACAGACAGUCUGGCUGCCUCAGACUCAGCGAUCAAGAGCCUCUCCCAAAACCUUCGAGCUCCCGCCGACGGAACUCAGAGACGAUCGUCUUCUCCAGUGGGUAGAUUGAAGGACGUAUUUAAACCCAGGCGUGGCUCAAGCACAAAUACAAGUCCAGACCGCAAAGCUGGAGGGGGAGGGGCUGUGCAAUCACUAAGUACCAAGGACGGUGGGGCUGAUUCCAGGCGGGGAAGUCUCAUAACUGCUAAAGUUGGUUCAAUAUUUUCCGAUAAACAGUUACCCCCCGGCAAGUCCAGAUCUACAACCUCAUCUCCUGAGAGGCCACAAGUGCCACAGGUGGAAAAGAAGCUCAUCACCAUUGACACAAAUCUCCGACCGCAAACUCCACCCUCAGCGAACCAGCCAGCACCUCUUAUUGUCAAUACGCCUCCAACACCAACUGAUACAAGAUCAUCGCAAUUUACUUCUGCCACUAGUCCGGAUUCGCCUAUUAGAUCCGCUUCCAAUGUUGUAGUUUCUCCUUCUGGAAAUAUGAUAUCGCAUCGACGAAUUCGAUCAGGUUCUGCGUCAGGAGUACCUAAGAACGGAGCGGGUACAUCAGGUCAGGGUCAAUCAGGGUUUUUCUCUUCCGUCUUUUCUGCCGCUCAGAACGCUGCGAACACGCUUAGUAGCAGCAUCACCAAUACAUCAGUCCCAGGAGGAACAAGAAGUAGGGGCGGUGCACAAACAAUACCAGGUAUACAAGAGAUUGAGAGCCCGGAAGUUGAAGCAUUAGGAGAGAAGAUAAGCUCAGACAAUCUUAUGGAAGAGAAAGAGCCAGCGGUUAAAACGUUGGGCAUGGGCGAUCUUAGCCUGAGCCAAUUCGGAAUUUCAGAAGAAGGAAAUACCCCAACAAUGCCGAAAUACCCAGAGGAAGCCCGAGGAAGGCCUGACCCAGGCAAAGAUGACCAUUUCUUCGCAAAUCGAUCGGCCACAGCACCAAAUCUGUUGACGGGUGAAAAUCUCGAAGCUGUCUCUACACCUCAAAUCGAAGAUUUACAUUCUCUUGCUCGUCCACGUUCUGUAUAUGCACCGAGCACUGGUGGAGAUCGGACUCCUCCAAAUGGGUCGUUGUUCGAAGGAAAAUCUGGUAUUCAUCGUAGCGGUAGUAUUCGAAGUGCCAUCAAACACAGAAAAAGGGGUAGUUCUGCAGCAACCGGUACAACAGUCGGUGCUGCAAUUGCUGCAGCUAAUUCUUCUAUCGGAAGCCCAGGCUCGGGUGCGCCUAAAAUCACCGGAUUUGCUGUAGCCAGCAAGAAGAGGAAUCGUGACUUUCACGCACUAUUCAGAAGUGUACCUGAUGAUGAUUAUCUGAUCGAAGAUUAUAGUUGCGCUUUACAAAGGGAAAUUCUUGCUCACGGUCGAUUUUUUACAAGUCGUGAUUCAACGUACGAUCUCAUAGUUGGCAUAUGGAAGAUUGGCCACCCAAAUUUGCGAAGUUCGCUAAAUGGCGUGGCCCUUGAAGAGACUGGUGGUGGUGAUAAGACAGAAAAAUAUGAUGGCGUAGCUCCUCCUUCUCGUCCUGGCAGUAUCUCACAAUCCUCAGAUGAUAGCGUCGGGAGCGGGGAAAUAUAUGAUGAAGAUGAAGAUGAUGAAGAUGGCAUGAGUUUCACCCAAGCCGAUGGUAGCGUUGUGGGUAGCGAAUUGGGUGACAAGGUUAUUAGUCGAAAGGCAUCAGCUGCGAUUAUGGCAAAUGGAGCUCAGAGCGAAGGAGGUAAACAAGCUAGUCCAUCAGCUGCGGUCGACUUUCCUGGCCCAGCGACACAUGCACUCACAAACUGCUCUGACGGCGACACACAUUACGCGAAAAUUCUUGCGGACGAAAUCAUCCCAGCACCUCUCGGGAAAGUCUAUAGUCUUAUGUUUGGACCUGCAUCUAUCACUUGGAUGCGGGAUUGGCUCACCAAUGAACAAAAGUGUUUCGACUUGAAUUACGAAGAGAACGCCAAAAUUCCUUUGUCCUUAGAGAACAAGGUUCGAAAUUAUUCCUACAUCAAGCCACUCAAUGGUGCGAUUGGUCCUAAGCAAACCAAAUGUGUUUCUGCAGAAACACUGGAUGCUAUGGAUCUUGAGAAGGCAAUUUCUGUGACGAUAUCGACGGCAACCCCUGAUGUACCUAGUGGUAACGUUUUCACAGUCAAGACUAGGUAUUGUCUUUCAUGGUCAGAAGGCAAUGGAACUCGAUUGCAAGUCAACUGCGCAAUUGAGUGGACGGGCAAGAGUUGGCUGAAAACUCCAAUCGAAAAAGGUGCCAAUGAAGGUCAAGUGCAAUAUACGAAGGAUAUUAUUGCGGCGCUUAAAGCAGCUGUCGGUACCCGUCGUUCUGGAGCACCAGGCGCGGUUGGCAAAGGCAAAAAGAAAGGUCGCAAAGGAUCCAAAGCGAAUAAUCUUAGCAAAGUUACCGAUGGUGCUUCUGAAGUUAAACCGGAAGCAACCAAUUGGGGUCUGUUCGAGCCGGUUCGUGGUGUAUUUGAGCCAAUUUUCGAUAUUCUGAAACCAUUAAUGACGGGCAAUAUACUGUACGGGCUUCUAGUCGGACUUUUAGUAGCAAGUUGGUUCCGCUUCGGAUUUCCUAUUGGAAGCGGUGGGAGUAGAGAUUUGAGUAUGAACUAUUUAAGCACUCCGGAAAGAAUCGCAGCGUAUGAAGAGAUUUGGAGAAAAGAAGAAAGUGAACUUUGGUUGUGGCUAGAGGAAAGGGCAGGAAUGGAUAGAUUAAGGGAUGUGGGUAGGAUGCCGAUCGAGAGAUUAGACGCGGAAGAUAGAUUGAAGAGUGAGGGCAUGGAGGAUAGGGAGGUAGAAGAAGCGAUCAGAAUUACGGAGGAAAAGUUAUUGGUUUUGAAGGAUGUGGUAGGCAAGAAAAGAGAUAAGGCGAAAAAGUCACAAACACAGGAGCAAGCGGGCUCUUCCAGUGUAGUUUAG